AUGAGGCUGUCGCAGGAGACCCAGGGCCGGUUCCGGCUGACGGGGGAUCCAGCGCACGGCGACUGCUCCCUGCAAAUCAGCGAUGCCCGACGGACGGAUUCAGGGAGAUAUUUCUUUAGCAUUGAAAAAGGCCUGUUUGAACACACUUACCGCUCCAAUUCUGAUGGCUCUGACCCUGCGCUCACGAUCUCUGUGCCAGGGCUGACAGAGGAGCCAGAGAUCCAGAUCUCGCCGGUGCGGGGGCUGCCAGGGACGCUGCUGGCCGGGGAGCCGGUGACUGUGACCUGCACGGCCCCUGGGCGCUGCUCCGGGCCCCCUCCUCGAGUCACCUGGACGGGGCCGUUCAGCGACACAGCCCGGAACGUCUCAGCCCCGCUGGCGAAAGGCACCUGGGCCCACAGCUCCGAGCUCAGCUUCACGCCCGGCUUGGAGGACGAUGGUAAAGAGCUUGUCUGCAACGUCACCUACAGGCCACCACGGGGACCUUCCACCCGCAGAACCGUCCGGCUCCACGUCGGCUUGCUGGCCCCAUUCGGAGCUGAGCGCAACAUUGUGUCUCUGGAGACCCGGGAGGGCGACUCCCUGAGUCUGGGGAGUGAGGUUGGGAGCAGAGCCGAGGCCAAGGGGCACGAGUUCCGGCUGCUUGUCGAGUCUGAGUGA